UCUUUUCCUCCUUCCACCCCGUAGAAGACCAUUAAGGUCUACUGAGAGAGCAUUGACUGUCUUUUUCACCUUUGGGGCUGUGUAGACGGUGGAUUGAAUUUCAUACGUACGUUGAUGGCAAUUCGUCGUCUUUUUUUUUCAGCUACCUCCGUCUUCACUGGCUAUCUCAUUCGUUUCGUUUGCGGUAUUGACUUGUUUCUUUGCAGGAUAAAGCGCAUCCUGUUCUCGUCAAUCCUGCAUAUCCACCAUGUCCUCGAUAAGAUUGUAUAAAAUCACUACCUUCACGCUCGUUAUUUGCUUGGUCCUCGCCCUUGUCGUCUCUUCAGAAGCCAACAGCCAUGUUGGGGUCGUUCGCCGUGACCAUGAAUCCCUGAACAGGAUGAUGCGCAAGCGCGCCCCAGCUCCUCAGGAGAAUGGCGGCGCUGCUAACAGCGUUUCCGCUGUCGUUGGCAGUGCUACGGCCUCUGGUACCCAGAGUAUCUCACAGGGUCAGGCCCAGAGCCAGUCGACAUCCUCUUCUACCACGUCGUCUUUAAGCACCCCUUCGACUACUUCGGCUACUUCGACAUCCAUCUCGACACCUUCGACGACGUCAGUUCUUUCAACUUCUACCAGUUCGACUAUUUCGACCACGUCGACCAGCAGCUCUAGCAGCACCAGUUCAUCCCCAUCCAGCACCUCUUCAUCCACCUCGACUACUUCUACAUCCUCUACAUCCACUACCACCUCUUCCACGUCAAGCACUGAGCAGACACAGCAGCAGCAAACCACCCAGGAUGCUGCUACUGCCACUCAAGGUGAUACAGGCAAUACUUCGCAUUCUACUAUCACGAGGACUGCCUCGGUCGACGAGACGGCCUCUGCUGCUUCCGCCUCUGCUUCAGCUGCGGCUAGCGGCAGCACUUCUACUUCUGCCAAGAGUGCCGCAAUAACCGCUCUCAUCGUUGUUGCAUCAUCCGUCGGUGGUAUUGUCAUCCUAUGGACCAUCUUUAGGAAGUGGAAGCUAGGUCGCUCAUCCCAAUUUGACAAGCGUAUGCAACCUAUCGACUGGCAGCCUACGACCGGUGAUGAUGGUGGAGUUAUCGGCCACCAUCGUGCUACGUCCGACACGUCGUCUUUCCACUCUGGUCUCAGCCAUUCUAACAGUCUUUCGGGACGCGGUUAUGGAGCCACGUCUGAGUCCGGGCACGGACACGGUUCUACAGGGGAAUUGGGACCUCUCCCUGAGCACGACUUCACUGCUCCCCCAGCCAAUCUUGCUCCCGUCGGGGGUUAUGCAGACCUUGCUCGUGGACCUAGCCCUCAACCUGAGAUGCAGGAACCCUUGGCGCGCGGUCCUAGCAUGACUGAGGCCUGCUUAUGAUGUCGGUGUUCCUCUUCACCACCAGAUGGGAUACGGUUCCCAAGAUGCGUAUGAUUACAGCGGUGGCGUCCCAGCGAGAUAUUGAGGAUGAAAAUGCGGUACCGAUGUUAUAAUCCCGAUCUGCGGUUCUAACUUAUGGCAUUCCCAACGUUCGUUUACUCCUCACAAUCUUUUCUUGGUAAUCCUAUGCCGCUGGGGUUUUUCGGCUUUUUUCUUGUUAUUUUUUUAUUACGUUAAGCGGGUUGCAAGGACGCUGUGUCUUUCUCUUCUUAGCUGGUAUACCCAAGCCCCGUUUUUGUGUUACAUGAUUUUUCAGUUCAAUCCAUGUAUCACUCGUAUGACU